AUGUACCUCGGGGAGAAGACGCCCCUUUUUGUUGGGACGAUCAGAGCAUUCUCAACGCUUGGCCUGCUAGUCAUGAUGAUGGCCGUGACGGCAGCCAUGGCUUUGUAUGACGACCUGCAGCGGCAACGCGCUGAUUAUGAGAUCAACACCUCCGAAGCCAAGAAAAUCAGAAAGGGGGAAGCGGAGGCUGUGCCCGUGCAGUUCCAAAAGAUAAAGGUUGGAGAUGUCCUCGUCGUGUCGAAGGACGAGGAGUUUGCGGCGGAUUGCGUGCCCAUCUACUGCUCUGGUGAGGAUGGCAACUGCUGCUUGGGCGCAGAUGGAUGGCAUAAAGUAGUGCGAUCAUGUACAUUGCCGUGA